UUUGUAGAAUUUAUUUCUAGGUACAUGGAAUUACUUAUUAAUUCCAUGGAUAGGUAUUCUUUAGUCCCGUGUUCAGAGAAAAAAAAAAUAGUUUAUGGUCGGCUGUCACUCACUGGUAAUGUCAGUGAAUGUCAAUGUCAUAAUAAUGACGUUUGUUUGUGUGGCGCGUUGUGUUGAUGUCGCGAGUGCUUGUCGCCUGGAAUUGUGUUUAUUUUGAAAAUAAAUCGUUUACGAAGCAGCUUGAUGAGUAUAUAAAAUGAGUGAAGCCCCAGCUGUUAAGAGCUGUUGUGUGACGAGGUGCCCGAACACUUCCGCGACCCCAAACGUGAAGUUUUUUGCGUUCCCUGAUGCUAGGUAUAAAUCGUACCACAGGAAAAGAUGGGUCCAGACUAUUCGCCGCAGAAACAACUCCAAGUGGUGGACGCCGGAGCCGCACAGCGUGGUGUGCAGCGAGCACUUCGUGUCGGGCCGGCCCAGCAGGACGUGCAAGAACCGGGACUACGUGCCCAGCGUGUUCGUCAGCCACUCCAGCAAGACCAAUGGAGACUUUGAGGUGCGGUCGGUGUCCAUGAAGCAGUUUGCGCUGGCGUACGUGGCGCAGGCGCCGCUGCUCGACCCGCCCACGCGGGACAACCUCCGCACCGCGCGGCGGCGGGCGGCGUACGCGCGGCUGGCGCGGCAGCUGCACAUCCCGGAGCGCAUGGCGCGGCACUGGGAGGGCAGGCUGCGCGAGUACCACGCCGCGCAGCUGUACGCGCUGCCGCAGCGGGGCCCGCGCUGGCUGCGAGCCGUGCACGCGCGCCUCUGUCGCCAGCCCACUGCCGCGGCUACCGCGAGCGGUGACGGCGCUAGUGAACACGCUGACAAAGAAGACACCGACAAGACUGAAGGGACCGCCGUCAGUGGCACCCCGCGUGCCGACAGCGACGUCUGUACUGUUGACGCACACACUUGGUGGCGGCGCGUGUGGGCGGGCGGGCUGGUGGCGGCGCUGGCGGCGGCGGCGCAGGCGCGCGGCGCGCUGUGCUCCACGGCGCUGUACACGCUGGUGCGGCGCGAGCUGCGGCGCCGCGUGCCGCUGCCCGACCUGCACGAGCUGUGGGUGAGCGUGCAGCGCGCGGCGCUGGAGCAGGUGCGUGCGGCGGGGCGCGCGGGGGACGUGGGCGCGGUGCCGGCGGAGGCGGCGCGCGUGGCGGAGCUGGUGCUGCUGCACACGGACGUGGCGGCGCAGCGCCUGCUGGACGACGAGAGCGUGACGCUGCACGAGGAGGCGGCGGCGCUGCACGCGCUGUGGCGGCUCGUGCAGCGCCACGCGCUCGAGGACGCGGCCGAGCCGCUGCGGCUGGCGCGGCGCUGGUCGCGCCUGCACCGCGACUACUGCGCCAGCGGGCGCAGCGCGUCGCUGGUGGUGCUGCAGCGGCGCUGGCACGAGCUGAAGCUGCAGGCGCGGCGGCGGCUGGCCGCGCACUGGCGCCGCCCGCUGCCCGCGCCCGCGCCGCUCCCCGCGACGCUGCCUCCACUGCCCGCGCCCAUACAUCUCGCCAUUCUCAAGCGGUACCCGCACGUGGCGACGGAGGCGCAGGUGUCGUGGCGCGAGCUGGUCACCGAGCGACGCGUCGUGCGACAGCCGCUCCCCGAGCAGUUACUCUCGGACGACAGCGCCGAUGAAACGGAUAGGGAGCUCUCCCCGGACAGCCACGCAGUCACGCCAGCCAGCGACGCAGUAACGCCGGCCGCCGACGCAGACACGUCGCCCAUCAGCGCAGACACGCCAGCUAUCAGCGCAGACAUAUCAGCCACUAGCGCAGACAUGUCAGCCAUCAGCGCAGUUGCCCCAGCCAUCAGCGCAGACAUACCAGCUAUCAGCGCAGAUACGCCAGCUAUCAGCGAAGACACGCCGGCCGUCAGCGCAGACACGCCAGCUAUCAGCGCAGACAUAUCAGCCACUAGCGCAGACAUGUCAGCCAUCAGCGCAGUUGCCCCACCCAUCAGCGCAGACAUACCAGCUAUCAGCGCAGAUGCCCCAGCCAUCAGCGCAGACACGCUCACUAUCAGCGAAGACACGCCGGCUGUCGGCGCAGACACGCCAGCUAUCAGCGCAGACACGCUGGUCACCAGCGCAGACACGCCAGCCAUCAGCGCAGACGCACUCAAAAUAAUAAAUUCAAGUCGCGCCGACAUACAAGCGUCGCCCCCGGAGCCGCCCGACAUCAAGCCUGAUCUACUUGUACCGCUCAACAUCGCUGCCGCCAGCACGCAGUCAGCGAGUGCGCCGGCGCUGCUCGUUCCGUCACACGUCGGCGCCGCGCCCAAACGCGAGGAGUGCGACACCGACGCGGAAGACAACCUGGUCAUCGACGAGUCUUGCGGCAAGCAGCUCAGUCCUGCCAAGCCGCUCAGACGUGACGAGACGAGCGACACUAUAGCAGUGCUGCGUAGCAUCGACCCCUCCGCCGUCACCGCAGAGAUAGUGUUCGACAGCGACGACGACGACAGUGAGCCUUCUGCGCAAGACGCUAGAGUCGAGAGUCCUCUGCCGCGCACGCGCCGGGCCGAGUCUAUCAGCAGCCGCCUGUUCUUCGACGACGAUGACGUCACGCCUGCCGAUGACGUCACGUCUGCCGAUGACGUCACCACUGAACCGCUCGAACAGAAGGUGCCAGUGAACACGCCUGCUAUCGACCCGAAGCUGCUACUAGAGGCGCGCGUGUGCCUCGUGCGGCUCGAGCACGCGCCGCGACGCCAGCGCGAGGCACCGCCCCCCGCGCCUCUCAAGCGCGAGGCACCACCCCUCGCACCCCUCGUGCGCCUCGAGCCACGCGAGACGCCCCUCGUGCCGCACAAGCGCGAGGCGGCCCCCCUGCCGGCCUUCGUGCGCAUCGCGCCGCGCAAGAGGCCUCGCAGCCGCGCCGCCGCCAGCGUGCAGUGGGACGAGCAGGCGGGCGGGGGCUCGGCAGCCGCGGCCGACGCGGACGCGCGGGAGGCGGCGCUGCGGCGCGUGCUGCUGCGCGACAUCGAGCAGGUGCGGCGCCGCAACCAGCUGCUGCUCACCGCGCAGGUCAAGCCCAUACCCGCCACGACAGCAGCGCCCGCAGCCGACGAGCCAGCCGACCACAGCGCGGACGACGACCUCACAGGGUCGGCGCUGGUGCUGCCGAACGCGCUGGAGCUGUCCGACGCGCUCUCCCGGGUCGCGGCGGCGGCGUCGACGCAUCGGCUGAUAGACACGUCGUACUGCUGCGCGGCGAGACGACACCGCGCCGUCAACGACACGCGACGCCGCAUCGGCCUGCCGCCCAUCGACCUGCACAAGUACGUGUGUGUGUGUGUGUGUGUGUGACAUCGUACUGCUGCGCGGCGAGACGACACCGCGCCGUCAACGACACGCGACGCCGCAUCGGCCUGCCGCCCAUCGACCUGCACAAG